GGUUGAAAAGUCUCGUUCCAAGUUUGGAGAGAGAGAGAAGAGCGCCUCAGACCUCGGUACCCGCGAGCGGGGAGGAGGCAGGAGAAAAAGACGCAGCGUUUGGGGAGCACCCAGGCUGUAAGACGGAGCUCACGCUUCGAGAGCUAGAAGAGUGUGACGCGCCUGGGCGAGGCAGGAGCGCCUGCGUUUGGGCUGCUGUUGGCUAGCGAGGGGAGUCCGAGGCGGCGGCGGCGGCGGCGGCGAGGGGCGAACGACCCGACGCAAGAUGGCGAGUAAAGAGAUGUUUGAAGAUACUGUGGAGGAGCGUGUCAUCAAUGAAGAAUAUAAAAUCUGGAAGAAGAAUACACCGUUUCUGUAUGACCUGGUUAUGACCCAUGCUCUUCAGUGGCCGAGUCUUACCGUUCAGUGGCUUCCUGAAGUGACUAAACCGGAAGGAAAGGAUUAUGCCCUUCAUUGGCUAGUGCUGGGGACUCACACAUCUGAUGAGCAGAAUCAUCUCGUGGUUGCUCGAGUCCAUAUUCCGAAUGAUGAUGCACAGUUUGAUGCUUCCCACUGUGACAGUGAGAAGGGUGAAUUUGGUGGCUUUGGUUCUGUAACAGGAAAAAUUGAAUGUGAAAUUAAAAUUAACCAUGAAGGAGAAGUAAACCGUGCUCGUUACAUGCCGCAGAAUCCUCACAUCAUUGCUACCAAAACUCCAUCUUCUGAUGUGCUGGUUUUUGACUACACAAAGCACCCUGCUAAACCAGACCCAAGUGGAGAAUGUAAUCCUGAUCUUAGGUUAAGAGGCCACCAAAAGGAAGGCUAUGGUCUUUCCUGGAAUUCGAACUUGAGUGGACAUCUCCUAAGUGCAUCAGACGAUCAUACUGUCUGUCUGUGGGAUAUAAACGCAGGACCAAAGGAAGGCAAGAUUGUGGAUGCUAAAGCCAUCUUCACUGGCCACUCGGCUGUUGUAGAGGAUGUGGCCUGGCAUCUGCUCCACGAGUCCUUAUUUGGAUCAGUUGCUGAUGAUCAGAAACUUAUGAUAUGGGACACCAGGUCCAAUACCACCUCCAAGCCGAGCCACCUGGUGGACGCGCACACUGCCGAGGUCAACUGCCUGUCGUUCAACCCCUACAGCGAGUUCAUUCUUGCAACUGGCUCUGCAGAUAAGACUGUAGCUUUAUGGGAUCUGCGUAAUUUAAAGUUAAAACUCCAUACCUUUGAAUCUCAUAAAGAUGAAAUUUUCCAGGUCCACUGGUCUCCACAUAACGAAACUAUUCUGGCUUCAAGUGGUACUGAUCGCCGCCUGAACGUGUGGGAUUUAAGCAAAAUUGGAGAAGAACAAUCAGCAGAAGACGCCGAAGAUGGGCCUCCAGAACUCCUGUUUAUUCAUGGAGGACACACCGCCAAGAUAUCAGAUUUUAGUUGGAACCCCAAUGAGCCUUGGGUCAUCUGCUCGGUGUCUGAGGAUAACAUCAUGCAGAUAUGGCAAAUGGCUGAAAAUAUUUACAAUGAUGAAGAGUCAGAUGUCACAACAUCGGAACUGGAGGGGCAAGGAUCUUAAAACCCAAAGUACAAGAAAUGUUCCUGUUGAAUGUAAUGCUACAUGAAUGCUUGGUUUAUCAAGCGCCGAAAAGGCCUUGUGUAGUAGGAAAUGUAAGUGGGCUGGCGUAUGGCGUUCUUUACCUUCUGAUUCUAGCACUUUCAAGUGAGCUAUUGCGUACUGUAUCAUAUUGUAGCUUUUAGGGAAGAAAGGAAUGUUGUUUAAGAAAGAACAUCACUGUUGUUUUAAAAUACCAGUAGCAGGGUACUGCCUUUGAUUCAACUAUUUUAAGUCCUUGUUUUCUCAAACUAAGUGCUUGCUGUUCCCAAAUAUGCAAGAAUAACUUUUACACUUUUCCCCCCAACACUUGUUGAUUGGCUUUGCAGAAAUAAAGUUUUAAAAUAAA